AUGGAGCGUCCCUUCUUUGCGUUUAACGACAAGUACCGGUUUUCAGCCCCAGUUGACACGCCGACGACCCAAGACCAAAUCGCCACAGAAGCCUUGUGCGAGCGGCAAGCCGACCACUUUAUGCCGCUGAACGGUAGUGAUUGGGAAAAGCCGGUUUUUUACCGCGGCACCCACAUUGCGUAUCUCUCUGCUGAGCUCGAAAGAUGUUCCAAGGCUCUGGAAAGCUCGCGUCCAUGGGUUUGCUACUGGAUCGUCCAUUCGUUGUGCCUGCUCGAUCAGCCGAUUUCUGAUGAUGUGAAGACUCGGCUGGUUCAUUUUUUGAAGAGUUGCGAAGCCCCUGGCGGCGGUUAUGCCGGUUCUCCGGGACAAGUUGCUCACAUUGCGCCAACUUACGCGGCCGUGCUGGCGUUGGUCUCUCUGGAGACGGAAGAAGCUUUAGCUUCAAUUAAUAGGAAGACUCUUGCUUCGUUCCUUGUUUCCUUGCAUCAGCCUGAUGGCAGCUUCCGCAUGCAUGUGGGUGGCGAAGUCGAUAUUAGAGGUGUAUAUUGUGCCCUUGCCGUUGCCUCGAUCACACACAUCCUUAGCCCGGAGAUGGUGGAGAGAACGGCCGAAUGGCUGGCCAGCUGCCAGACCUACCAGGGUGGUUUUGGCGGCGUCGUUGGAACCGAAGCUCAUGGCGGCUACACCUUUUGCGGUGUUGCGGCUUUGACGAUCUUGGGAAAAAUGAAGUUGAUCAAUAUGAACACUUUGCUGAAGUGGCUGUCCAACCGCCAAAUGGCUUUCGAGGGCGGCUUUUCGGGCAGGAGCAACAAGCUGGUGGAUGCGUGCUAUAGCUUCUGGCAAGGCGCAGUCUUCAGUUUGAUCGACACCGAGCUUGCAAGGGAGAACGAGCCCAGCCUGGGAAAAGCGUUUGAGGCGCGCGCACUCGAGGAAUACCUGAUGCUCUGUUGCCAAGGUGGACGCGGAGGUCUCCGAGACAAGCCUGAGAAAUACUGUGAUCCCUAUCACACUUGCUAUGCACUGUCGGGCCUCUCGAUCGCACAGCGCUACAUCCCUGCUAACGAAGAGCUGCUUUGCGGCCCCGAUGAAGCCCUGAAAAUUACUCACCCUGUUUACAACGUCACUGCUUCCAGCCAUCACAUGGCUGAUGGCUACUUCGCCAAUGCAGACAGCCUU